UCAACUCUUAUGCAGAAUCCACCACCUCGUCAUGUCUAGUUCCAAUAUUCCACGAGACUUACACGGGCACUUAUAAGCUCUGCGAAUCCCUCUUCUCCAGAUUUAUCCCCACAGACAGAUAAAUCUUGAUAGACAUACAACUCUUGAAGUACAUUGUAGACUUCAAACUCGACUUACACUCUCCACACAUACAUGGAGAAUACAGAGAAAGAAGAAGCUCGCGUCGGGCAGCCUAGGUCCGAUCUUGGCAGCGACGCCUCGGCUGCACCAGCAGUCGAGCGAAAGGAAGGUCUCGUUGGUGAUGACGGCAUCACCAGAUUGAGCGAGGUUACCAACCUCAAGGACACGGCGUACGCUUUCUCAACGAAGCGUAAGUGGUGGAUCCUUACGGUCGUUGCGUUGUGCCAAACAAGCAUGAACUUCAACGUGGCCGUAUACUCAAACGCCAUUGCCCCGCUCAACGAGCACUACAACCUGGGCGAUAACCACUUUACCAAUGCCAGAGCGGGUCUGGCUUGGUUCCUAAUUCCAUAUGGUAUUGGGUGCGAGUUGUGGGCGCCGUGGUCAGAAGAGUUUGGCCGCUGGAUCGUCAUGCAGCUUUCGCUUGGUUCUGUCAACAUCUGGCAGAUCCUCGGGGGGGCCAGCACAUCUUGGAACAUGGUACUCGCGGCUCGUAUUCUUGGUGGUGUCUGCUCUGCUGGUGGCUCGGUCACGCUUGGUAUGGUGGCUGACAUGUUCGAACCUGAGGAACAGCAGUUUGCUGUGCUUUGGGCUUCCUUGUGGUCUUGUCUUGGUUCCGUUAUCGGUGGAAUUGCUGGUGGCUCAAUUGAGCAAUACCUCAAUUGGCGAUGGAACUUCUGGAUCCAACUCAUCCUCGGUGUGACGGUCCAGGCCAUCCACUUUUUCUUCGUUCCGGAAACCCGCUCCACGGUCAUGCUCAACAGAAAAGCGAAGAAAAUGCGCAAAGCCGCUGGUGAUUGCAACCUUCGUGGCCCUACCGAGGACGAUAAGUUCAAUUGGAGAAACGCCGCUGCGCUCAUGGGCCGCCCUUACAAGAUGCUGGCCACGGAGCCCAUUGUUCUCUUCCUGUCGCUUCUCUCUGGAUUCGCUGAUGCUCUCAUCUUCAGCUUUCUCGAGUCCUACGCAUAUGUCUUCGGUCCAGGAGGUUGGGACUUCACUCCAAGCCAACUCGGCUUUGCCUUGACUGCUCUCUUCAUUGGCUACUGGGCUGCCGGGUUCUCAUACGUUGCUGUCAUUCGUAAAGACAAUCUGAAGCGUACGGCUGGUAAGGUACUGAGCCCAGAGACUCGUUUGUGGGCCCUGCUGUACAUCGCCCCCCUCCUUGCUAUUGGUCUUUUCGGCUCCGCUUUCACCGUCACAGGACCUCCACUCCCAUGGAUCGCACCGCUUAUCUUCGCAGUCCUUAUCGGCUGGGCCAACAUGGCGAUCUAUUUUGCUACCAUCGACUACAUGGUCGCUGCAUACGGCGGCAAGUACUCAGCAUCUGCCACUGGAGGCAACGGUUUCUCGCGCGAUGUCCUUGCUGGUAUCUGCUCUUUCUACACCGGUCCCAUGUACCACAAGCUCGGCAACCAGAACGCGACGUGGCUUCUCUUUGGACUCUCUGUUCUCGUCAUUAUCCCAAUCUUUUGGAUCUACCGCUCAGGACCUAAGAUUCGCGCCAGGAGCAAGUAUGCCGCAGAGGUCGAGGAGGAGCGCCAGAAGAACGAGGACUUCAAAUUGCAGCAGCGACACGGACGUGCCAGCUUAGUUUCUCUUGAGACCAAUACAACAACACCAGCACAGGCUCAGCCAUAUUCGCCAGUAUAGAACGUUGCUGGUAAGCUCACCGGCAGGCAGUCUAACCUCAAAGGAAAGUUUGUGACAAUACCUUGCUGGCAUAUACGAGUGCAACUGCACGUGGAUAUGGAUCAUGAUACCCAUGAAUAUCGGCGUUUUGGACUUGGUAGGCACCUUCAAUAAUGGGAAAGAGUGAUUUGUAAUGCUUGAUACUUCUCUCCG